AUGACAACAACGACGACAGACAACGAAGACAAACAUAACGAAGAGCCAGACCUCCUCUACAAAUUGAUGGGUGCCUAUAUUGUACUGGGAUUUGUCGGAUUUCUACUGAUACUUUUAUUUUUGGAUAAAAUUGGCGCUCGAGUUGACCCAGAGAAGAGUGCUUACGAAUUAAUAUGUCAACACGUCUCACUCAUGUUUUCGCACAAGACCUUUCGACUUUUGAUUCCAUUAUUGGUUUUUACGGGAUUACAGCAAGGUUUCAUUUACGCCGAUUUCAACAGGUCUUACGUCACAUGUACCCUAGGUAUCGAUUACGUGGGGUACUGUAUGAUCACCAUGGGUCUGGCUAACGUUCUCAGUUCUGUUAUGGUUGCACUCUGUGCCAAAUAUAUUCCCAGAGAAGUGGUACUCGGUUUCGGAGGGGUCGUACAUAUCGGACUCAUGAUUGGAUUCCUAAUUUGGAUACCCGAGAAAAAUCUGUUAAUAUUCUUUAUACUGGCGGCAUCGUGGGGUGUCUGUGAUGCAGUAUGGCAGACCCAGUGUAACAGUGAGUAA